AAGCCAGUUUCCAAGACCUGCCUCUUCGUACCCGCGUGGAGAUUCUGCACCGCCUCUGUGAUUACCGGCUAGAUGCAGAUGAUGUCUUCGAUCUACUCAAGGGUCUGGAUGCAGACAGUCUCCGUGUAGAACCUCUAGGGGAAGACAAUUCAGGGGCCCUCUACUGGUAUUUCUACGGAACACGAAUGUAUAAAGAGGAUCCGGUACAAGGGAGGUCUAAUGGGGAACUCUCCUUGAGCAGGGAAAAUGAAAAACAAAAAAAUGUCUCAAGUGUUCCUGGAAAAACAGGAAAAAGAAGAGGAAGGCCCCCAAAACGGAAGAAACUACAAGAGGAGAUAAUAGUGAGUGAAAAGCAAGAAGAAAACUCCUUAGCCUCUGAGACACAGACAAGAAAUGGGUCCCACAGACCUGGUCAAGGCUCAUGGUGGCUUCUGUGCCAGACAGAAGAGGAGUGGAGACAGGUCACCGAGAGUUUCCGAGAGCGGUCCUCCCUCCGAGAGCGGCAGCUCUACAAGCUCCUCAGUGAGGACUUUCUGCCUGAGAUCUGCAACAUGAUCGCCCAGAAGGGAAAACGUCCACAGCGCACAAAGGCAGAGUUGCAACCUAGGUGGAUGUCAGACCACCUGUCCAUGGACUCCAUCAGACCAGAGGGGACUCCUGUACUUGCCAGGAUAGAGAAACAGAAGCGCAAGGAGGAGGAAGAAGAGCGUCAGAUUCUUCUCGCUGUGCAGAAGAAGGAGCAGGAGCAGAUGUUAAAGGAGGAGAGGAAGCGGGAAUUAGAGGAAAAAGUCAAGGCAGUGGAAGAUCGUGCCAAGAGGAGAAAGCUCAGGGAGGAACGGGCAUGGCUGCUGGCUCAAGGCAAGGAGCUUCCCCCCGAACUGUCCCAUCUGGACCCCAGCUCUCCCGUGAGGGAGGAGAAGAAGCCUAAGGACCUCUUUGAGUUAGAUGACGACUUCACUGCCAUGUACAAAGUUCUAGAUGUGGUUAAGGCCCACAAGGAUUCCUGGCCCUUCCUGGAACCUGUAGAUGAAUCCUAUGCCCCUAACUAUUACCAGAUUAUUAAGAUCCCCAUGGAUAUUUCAAGUAUGGAGAAGAAAUUGAAUGGAGGUAUAUACUGUACCAAGGAAGAAUUUAUAAGUGAUAUGAAGACAAUGUUCAAGAAUUGUCGAAAAUAUAAUGGGGAAAAUAGUGAGUAUACCAAGAUGUCUGAUAAUUUAGAGAGGUGUUUCCAUCGAGCAAUGAUGAAACAUUUUCCUAGUGAAGACGGAGACACCGAUGAGGAAUUUUGGAUCCGAGAGGAUGAGAAACGAGAGAAAAGACGAAGUCGUGCUGGACGGAGUAGUGGUGGCCACGUUUGGACACGCUCAAGGGACUCCGAGGGGCCCGGCAGGAGGCAGCCGCCGGUGGAGAAUGGAGGAAAGUCGCUGCCACCGGCUCGCCGCAGCGUCUCCUCUGGGGACAAUCAGAGCAGCAGUUCUGCACAGCCUCCUCGAGAGGUGGGGACUUCCAAUGGCCAGGGCUUUCCCCGCCCCUUGCAUUGCGGUGGACUGCCCAGCCAGGAGCCCCUUUUCAACCAGACGCCUCCAGUUGGAGGAAACAGCAGCCACCGGGGCCCUCGGCUUAGAGCUCCUGAGGAGACGCACGUGUGUGGUGGGCUGACACACCUUUCCCACGCAGGGCCCCAGCCCCACUCCUUGCCGCUCGGGCAGAUGAGUUGCCCCGGUCAGGACGUGUAUAGCCCAGGCCCGUUCCAAGCAGGAUUCGUUCCUCCCAGGCACGGUGGAGCUCCUCCAGCGCGACACCCAGACUUCCCCGAAAGCUCCGAAUUUCCUCCAAGCCACAUGUUUCGAUCCUACAAAUACCUGAAUCGAGUGCGCUCAGCUGUCUGGAAUGGAAACCACGGUGCUACAAACCCAGGACCUCUGGGGCCAGAUGAGAGGCCCCACAUGGGGCUCGGGCCCCCUCACCAGCCACACACCCUUGGCCACGUGAUGGAUGUCCGGGGGAUGAGACCGUCUGUUGCCCCAAACCAGUGGACUAAACAAUCAAACUUCCUACCUCAUGGAGUUCCUUCCUCAGGGUACAUGCGACCCCACUGUGAGUCUGCAGGACGCCGGUCACAGCCACCUGCGGCCUCCACGCCCAGCCCUCUGUUCGGGGGGCCUUCCCAAGCCCUCCGAGGGGUGCCAGGCGGGGACUCCAUGAUGGACAGCCCCGAGAUGCUCGCCAUGCAGCAGCUCUCCUCUCGCGUCUGUGCCCCAGGUGUGCCUUACCACCCCCACCCGAAUCCCCCGUCCCCGCUACCCAGCCCUUUCCCACAGGCAGCUCAGUCAGCAGCAGUGAGUGUGUCAGUCCCCAAGCCCGCCUUGGUCAACCCUGAGAGGACACAGGAUGUCAGUGAAACACAAGAAUCUGAGAAGGAUGGAGAGUCCUUGCCCGGGCUUGAAGAGAAAUCAGUAGGCAUUAGUGCUUCAGAGAGGGUCUACCUCAAACAGCUACCUCAGGCUACACCUCCCCUGCAAGCUGACUGCACCAAGCAGAGCCCGGUGCAAGAGAGAGAAUCGGAGGGCCCACAGCUCAAAGGCGACUCCUCAGAAGCUGACAACACCUGCAAAACAGCAAAGGGCAAGAACGCCUGGCCUGUGGAUAACAGCUACUGUAGCCCAGCUGCCCAGGGCUGUGUGAGAGACCUCUCUGUGGUGUCAGACAGAGGGGCUCUACCUGAAAACGGGGCCACUGGUGAGGCUUCCCCUUGCGGCUCAGACGGAAGAGGCCUCGGUGGCACUGGUUCAGAAAAGCCCCUGUGCCCCAGAGGCAAAACAGCACAGGAGACCUUACCGUGCACAGGGCAGAGCACAGUAACACCAUCCUGUGCAGACUCCGGUUUAAUGCCAGGCUCUGUGAGCCAGUUUUCCCCCUUGUACAUGCCUGGCCUAGAAUAUGCGAAUCCAGCUCCUCAUUAUCACGUCGGCCCAGGCCUGCAGGGUUUGGGCCCUGUGAUGGGGGGGAAGCCUUCGGUGUCACAUCCUCAGCCUUUCCCCCCCAGAGCCUUUCAGUCCGCCAGCCCCCAUCCUGGCGUCUUUCCCAGGUUCCGCCCCCACCAGGGAAUGAGGUAUUCCUACCAGCCACCACCUCAGCCUUCCUAUCAUCACUACCAGCGAACUCCUUACUACACAUGUCCACAGGGCUUUUCUGACUGGCAGAGACCACUCCAUCCCCAGGGAAGCCCAAACGGACCCUCAGCAAGUCACCCUCUGCCCCCACGGCAGAGUGCUAUGGCCGAUCUGCAGGGCUGUGAGACGCUGAAUACUGCCUUAUCUUCUCCAACUCAGAUAGAUGCUGUGGCUGCUAAAGUUGUCCCAGCCGAUGGGCCAAAUUCUGGUCCUGAGGAAGAAAAGCUAGAUGAGUCUAUGGAGAGGCCUGAAAGUCCCAAAGAAUUUUUAGAUCUAGACAACCACAAUGCAGCUACCAAGCGACAGAGUGCGCUCUCAUCCAGUGACUAUCUCUAUGGAGCUGCCCCACCCCUGAGCUCGGGGAUGGGUUUUGGUGCCCCUGUCUUCCCCCCUCACGGUAUGAUGCUACAAACUGGGCCUCCGUACACGCCUCCGCGGUCAGCCAGUCAUUUCCAGUCCAGGGUGUACUCCUCCCCUGCAGCCGCGCAUCCACCUCGCCAUGCAGCGGCUGCCCAGCCCAACGGCCUCUCCCAGGAGGGCCCUCUGUAUCCCUGUCAGGACGAGGGCCGGGGCCACUUCCAGGCCGUGAUGAUGGAGCAGAUGGGCGCAGGAAGCGGGCUGAGGGGGUCUUUCCAAGAGGUGUACAGACCGUCCGGCAUGUACAUGCCUCCGGUCCCCUCACAGUCCUCAUUCUCAAAGACGCCAGCACCAGCAGCAUCACCAGAACAGUUGUCAUCGCAUAAGCCCCCAUCGCUUCCGCUGGGUCAAAGCUAGUCCAAGGAGGAUAUAGCCCCCGAUGAAACAGAAAGCUGUGCAUGAAGACUGAGCGUGGAGGAUUUGGGGAGUGACCCUCGCCCGCCCGCCUCUGUUCCACCGCCCUGCUUUUAGCAGCUGGAGCCUUCGACAGGCCCUCUAGAUGACUGGCUUGCAGCGGUCCCGGGUUGCCACAUCAGCCCGAGUUGCUGCUGACUUCUCCAAGUCCUGAGACUCGGUCAGGGAAACACGAUUUAAACUUGAGCAGGGAUCUUGGAGUGGUGCUUUUAAAAUUUAUGAACAGCUCAACUCAGGAAUAUAUUUUGGGAAGGGACUACUUGUAGUAUUAAUGUUUUUGGAGCUGGGUCCAGUUUACAGAAUUUUCAUGUUGCCUUUUAAAAUAUUUUUUGUUGGUGGUGAAUGUAUUGUACAUAAAGUGGGAAGGAUGGGUGGGCAUGUGAAGGAGACAGGAGUCCCGAUCGUAGUGGGCACACAGCGCUGCCGUGGUCUCUCUGUCUGUUUACAAUCACGUCACACACGAAAUGCUUCCGGGAGCUUGGGGAGAGGGCGGGGGAAGUUUCAUCUUGUUACACAUCACAGCCUCUGUUUCCUUAGUGACCGGCCUGUCCAGCCUUGGACAGAGAAAGCUCUCCCUUGAGUCCAGUGUACCGUCUGUUUAUUCCUCAUCAGAGGUAGUGCUCUCUUGUGACCAUUGGGACCUUCAGCCCCAAAGGCAGGUGCUGGCGCUCAGAUGACCUAAGUCCUGGACUUGUGAAAGUGGUAUUCCAUCCUGAUUUUUCAGAUACUGUGAACUGGUGUCAGGAAUUGGACUGACUGCAGUGUUUCACUUACGAGAGGCCUCUCGGGGGUGCUGUAGAAGGGGUCACGCAGAGCUUUCUAGCACAAACCACAUUUGGUGAACAUGACUACUCAGGUUUGUAUGUGUUAGUCUCAGUAAAGAAAUUGCACAGGUUUGAAUAAAAAAAAGUGUAUCCUAUAGAUAUACAGUUUGAACUGAAGAAUAUUUCAGUAUAUAGUUUUUAUUCAGUUAAGUGAAUCAUAGUAUAAUCAGCUAUGGUGAUUUAAAUUAGCUGUCAAAUAUAAAUUAUUAGAAAGCAUUUUGUCGUAUCUGAUAGGAAACAAUUUUUCAGUAUUAAAUUGUUUAUUAUGGAUUUACAAGUUAAUUACACUGGAUCCUCCCUGUUUAGCAUUCUGUGUUUUAUUUUAGCUAAGAUGCCACCCAAGUUUGGGCCCAUCUUUAAACUUUUAAAUAUCCCAGAAGGAGAGACGGGAAAUAGCCUGAAAUUCCAGUUUAGUAAGGAAUAGCAUUUUUUUGGAAGCAUGCUUUUGGGGUUAGUAGAAGUCUUCAUAAAACGUGCAUCUUUAGUUUCUUACCAACUUAGCUGUGGGCAGGAUUGGUAGAACCCUUCCCUCCAGUUCCAGUUUCCUCAGUAAAUGGGGAACUGAUAAGCUAGGUGUGGUGGUUCGUGUCUAAUCCCAGCAAGUGAGAGGCUGA